AAAAAAAAAAAAAUUAAAUUUUAAAGGGUUAGUUCACCCAAAAAUGAAAAUUGUCAAUUACUCACCCUCAUGUCGUUCCACACCCGUAAGACCUUCGUUCAUCUUCAGAACACAAAUUAUGAUAUUUUUGAUGAAAUCCAAGAGGUUUUUUUAUCCUCCAUUGAAAGCAACAAAAUUACCCCACUCACUGUCCAAAAAAGUAGUAAAAACAUCGUUAAAAUAGUCGACGUGACUACAGUGGUUCAACCUUAAUGUUAUAAAGCGACGACAAUACUUUGUUUUGUUUUUGCACAAAAAAAAAAAAAAAUUUUGUUUAUUAAACAAAUUCAUUUCUCCCGUCUCUCCCCUGCUGCGCUAUUUUCGUUGCAGCUUCCGGGAUGUACGUCAGUAUUGGCCGACACCUCUUCACGUGACCAGCACGAGGCAUGCCUGUGAUGCUGACGCAGGAGCCGGCCAAUGAUGAGCCGGUGUUCGGACGUAAACACUGAAACUCAGCACUGCGCCAACUGCUUGUAUAGAGAAGAAAUGAAACAUUAAUGCUGCGCUGUGUUAAUACAAUGAAUGGUUUCGUUUUGUAUAACAUUCUCAUUGUCUGAUACACGUGGGCUUAUCUUUAUUCUCAUUACUGUUAACUAACAUUUACUGAGAUAUGACGCAGUAUGGGUCACAGAAACUGGUUACCGCUCUUUAUUGAACAUUACAGUCAGUAUUGGUGAAAUAAAGUGACUCAUGUGAUGUGACCACCUCCCCUUUCUAUUUUAUAAAGCAAAUUGACCAGAUAUUGAUAAAUCUGUAGGUACAGUAGGGUAACAGUAUUUUUUUUAUUUCUUUUUUUAACAAAAGUUAACUUGCAUUUUUUGCCUCCGCUAUUGUCCAGUCAAUCAUCUCGCUGUCUCACUCUUGCGGCUAUGAUUACAGUUACAGUAAAAUUUAAAUUCACUAACGCUGCGCAGCCUAAAAACCAAACAGACUCCAGACUAUGCCUUAGAAUAUGCUUUAAUCACAACCUUGUAUCAAUUAAAGAGAAUCCAAAAAGAAUUCAACAGUUUAUAUAGGAUAGAAGAAGCAUGGCAAAACAUUCUACAAUAUGAUUGGUUCUUCAUAUGUCAAACCUUCUUGUUACUAGAUAAAGCAAGAUCUGCCCAAAUCAUGUGUUUAUUAGUUCAUUGGUUACUCAAUAUCAUGGGGCAAUCAUAUUUAGAUGGUUGUCUAGCUGUUCCUAAGUUUCAUUUCCCCUUUUCUUAUUUUUGGACAUGAUUCAGAAUAGGCGUAAUUUGCGGGUGGGACCCCCACCACUUUUUGCCAGGGUCGAUAUUGUCCCCACCACUUUUUGAAACAUAUCGCGGCACGGAUAUAUACUAAAACAAAAGAAACAUCUCUAGUUGAUUAGCAAUUCGUUCGUUUGUGUUAAUAAUAGGCGAUCUGGUGCUGGGAUGUUGUUUUUGAAAUCAUGUUGAGUGCUCGUUGCCGCUGUGAUCAGUGGCGCGACAGUGUUCUCUUGGCGCUCGUGCACACUGCGCAGUUUUCACACGGACGAGCGCUUCAAUCUAUCGGCCGGAGACUCUAUUCAUUCCGGUGAGAUCACAAAACAAAAUGCACAUAAACGUGUCCCUGCUCUUGAUAUACAAUCACUGAUGAACAUCUUUGGUUUUAAUGAGAAAAAAAUUAAAUAAAAUACACGAAGGCGGAUUAGAACCCAGAACCUCUGGUACGCUGAACAAAAAUUCUGCCCCUAGUCAAAGUCCCUUUAAGACAAGUCAUUUCACUCGGCGGCCAUCUUUGAAACGCCUCUCGGGCAUCCUGGGCAUCAUGCAGCUCCUAUCUCUUUGAAUGGGGAAACAUCAAAUUCUCCAAAGCUGUUUGCCAAGCUUUUAAAUUUCAUAUUUGAAAUCACCAAUGAAAUCUGACAACAACUGUCUCAUACAUUUUUUUCCCAAACGCUCAAAUCAUGACAAAAUGAAUGUCUAAUGCGCAUGCGCAGACCUAAAUGCGCGUCUCUUGUGCCUCAUUUUGGAGGCGCGCGUCUGACUGUUUCUAUAGAAACCGGUGCUUCUAACGGCCGCUGCAGUGACGCGAUGACUUUACAGGUCGGCGAUUGGCUCUUAUUUUGAAGGCGGGACUUAUUCCGCCAUAUUGAGCGUUACACUUUCUCCUAUUCAAAACAAUACGAGUGACAUGUCUUGUGUUAUUCUAUAGUCUUUGCCCUAGUCCGUCAGGACACUCUAAAAUAAUACGCGGAUCCAUGUAUUUAUUGGCUAAAAUUAAUGCUCUCGAGAUUAACAAUACAUUUUAUUAUAACAUAUGUAAGGAUAAAACUAUCAUAUUAAACAUGAGGUCUAUGUCAAUAAAUUUUGUGCAUUUAUUAUUGUAAUGAUACAAAUACAAUAUAUUUCACAAAAUCCUCUUUCACUAUUAUUGUUUCAAUUAUUUUUUCAUAAUUAAAUGUUCUUUUUCAAAAAGCUGUUUUUCAUAAUUAUAUGCUGAAUUUACGAAUGACACCUAUUUGACGAAUCAUGUAUUUCCAAAGCACGAUUUUCCCAAAGUUUCUUUUCAUAAUAAUAGAGGACAUUUCACAAAUGCCAAUCAACAGGCAGUGGGCGGUGCUUGGCGCUAAUUGGCUAAUCCUUUCGGAUGAAUUAUGGGUCUGGCGAGGUGAACUGAACGUUCGACCGCGAGAGCGAUUCAAAAGCAUAACGAGUCACAUGCUCUCCAAACGCAUAAUGCGAUCGGCCUGCACAGCGUCGAUGCAUCUCGAACAAGCCUUGGGAAUGAAUAUGGCUGUAGGACUUGAUCAAGUUAAAAACGCACUGCUUUCAUUUGCAGAUGAAGUAGAAGGUAAUGUUUUGUUUGGUGAUGCUCUGUUAUCUGGAUUAGACGACAUAAGGGAUCUGCUAGUGGCAAUAAGUGCAUCAGAGGAUCUAGAAAUUGAUGACUAGCCUACAUAUGGAACACUUUACCAGCACUGAACGCAGAGUUCUUGUAGAUGAGUUAGUUGUGUGACAGACGUAAUUUGCAGGUAGGACAUGUGAUGUCCCCACCACGUUUUGCCAGGGUCGAUAUUGUCCCUACCACUCUUUUUUUUAUUUUUUUUAUUUUAUUUUUUUUAAAUCUCACUGUACGUAUAUAUACCUAAUGCAAAUGAAACAUAUCCAGUUGACAUUAAUUUGUGUUAAAAAGCGGCGAUCUGGCGCAGGGGUGUGUUGAUUUUGAAAUCAUGAGUGUUCGUUGCCGCUGUUAUCAGUGGCGGAACGUUCUUUGGUUCGUGCACAGUCUUCACACAGACGAGCGCGUGCGUAAAUCUAUCGCUAAUGCCGCUGCGGAGGGUCUAUUUUUUUCCGGUGUAAUCACAAAACAAAAUGCACACAAACGUGUCCCCGCUUUUGAUAUACAAUCAUUGCUGAUCAUUUGAUUUUAAUGAGGAGGAAAAAAAAACUUUAUGAGGGUGGAACAUGGCGUUCCGUGACUAAUAUCACCAACCACAUGAAGAUCGAUUUGUCGUGUCUGUCCGCUCUCCAACUUUAAACCAAUUAGCGCCAAGCACCGCCCACUGCCUGUUGAUUGGCAUUUGUGAAAUGUCCUCUAUUAUUAUGAAAAGAAUCUUUGGGAAAAUCGUGCUUUGGAAAUACAUGAUUCGUCAAAUAGGUGUCAUUCGUAAAUUCAGCAUAUAAUUAUGAAAAACAGCUUUUUGAAAAAGAACAUUUAAUUAUGAAAAAAUAUAUAUUUAAACACAAUAAUAGUGUGUGAAAGAGGAUAUUGUGAAAUAUAUUAAACAAUGUUGUGUUUUCAUGGAAUUUUACAAAAUAAAUAAAUACAUUUAUUUAUUGAUUGAUUUAAUAAUUGAAUUAAUAAUUAAAUAAAUUAAUUAUUUAAUUAUUUCAGAAUAAACUGUUACAUUAAAUUGUUGUUUUAUUGAAUUCAUUAUUUAAUUAUUUCAUUUUGAGUAAUUUGGUCCUCCAUACUGACGAUGAUCAAUGAUCAUUCCGCUUCAGCAUCUGCUCUCUGCACUAAUGUCUGCGUGCUCCCGCUCGCGGGAACAUUUGCUGAACAGCCAACCCUGGUCACAGUUUUCUAUAGGUCACCGAUUUCGGCAGAAUCGGCACAACAUCUAGAGAUUGGAGAAGAUGAGCUUCAAUUGGGAAGAGGAAUUCAAAAAACGAAUGGAAUUGUAAGUAUACUGUAGUUUAUUAUCAGGGUUGUAGAAUGUAGGGACGCUGUGGACGUGUCCCUAACAAUAUCCGGGGACACGUGAUUUGUUCGACUAGCAAUUUUUAUGUAUUAAGUUACUUAUUUUAUUUCACCAGGAAUCAUCUCAUUUAAAUUAAAAAUCUCUUACAAGAGCGUUCUUUGAAAAAUGCGCAAUUCCUGGUACAAAAACGGAUAGUAGAUCUGAUUCCCGCCUUAUGUUCCCGCCUCGCUGAUCUGAACCCAGAUCGCCAAACUGAUUGGCUUAGUUUUUUCUUUCUAACUUGUGAGAGGCCGUUGCUACAUUUGGUUGUGCGCAGAGUCGUUAAAUAUGAAUGUUUUUCAACGGCUCUGGUUGUGCGAAGCGGCAAAGCUCCUCCGUCCGAAACCUAGACGACGUAAGUGAGGGAGAAAUGGACAGUUCUGUGCAUAAAAACACGGGGCAAAUCGCGUCACGUAUUGAUUUAGUGUCAAAAGUGCAGUUUUUUUUCAAUAGCUAUAUGACAAUCGUGGAAUAAGGCUGGCCACACACUUGAAGAUUUUAAGCCCGAUUUGAACCCCCGACCGAUCGGAAGGGCGCGGCCCUAUUUGAGGCUUGUCACAAACGAUUUUUUGACGAAAAAAUCCUCUUUUGUGUAGUAUCAUGACAAGAGACGGAGCGUCCCCGAUCUCAAAUCGUCAAUAUCAAACACGUUUCAUAAACAUAACUUUUUUUCUAUUUUGUUUCUCACUGUACAGCACAACGCGUGGCAGGGGAGCCCAUAAGAUGUACAUAAUAAAGGCUAGAUGUCUUACAUGCAAGCUUUCUGGCGGGCUCUGUGGUACCUGAUAUAAGGAAAUUGCUGGCUUUAUAGGAGAAGAUGUCAGACUUUUGUGCAGCCUACGGAUGCUCCAAUCGCCGUAGUCUCAAAACGAGAGCCCGUGGGAUCACCUUUCACCUGAGUUUCCUUGCAAGACCAACAUUAAUGUCAGAGAGAAGAUCAUGGUCUCCAGCGGACCGAAGUCUUUCAAGCUUCCUCCUAUCUUUGGCCCUUCCCAAGCCAGAGGACUGUGUCCAUACCCACCAGCUCAGGGGAAGAGGAUAACAGUAUACGGCAUCAGUACUGUGCAAUUCGAGGCUGAUCUUUAUAGACAGCGGAGUCGCAGUAAAUUUUUUGAACUGGAUAGAAAAGAGGCCCAUCUAUCUCAGGAGAAAAGUGCUUCAUCCAAAAGAAAGCUGAAAGCCAUGAAGGCUCCGGAUGCAAAUGGAAUACAGCUGAAAAGAGAAGAAGAACCUGAAGCUCUUGAAAGGGCUCCGGAUGCGAACGGAAUACAGCUGGAAAGAAAAGAAGAACCUGAAGCUCUUGAAAGGGCUCCGGAUGCGAACGGAAUACAGCUGAAAAGAGAAGAAGAACCUGAAGCUCUUGAAAGGGCUCCGGAUGCGAACGGAAUACAGCUGAAAAGAGAAGAAGAACCUGAAGCUCUUGAAAGGGCUCCGGAUGCGAACGGAAUACAGCUGAAAAGAGAAGAAGAACCUGAAGCUCUUGAAAGGGCUCCGGAUGCAAAUGAAAUACAGCUGAAAAGAGAAGAAGAACCUGAAGCUCUUGAAAGGGCUCCGGAUGCAAACGGAAUACAGCUGAAAAGAGAAGAAGAACCUGAAGCUCUUGAAAGCAAAGUCUCUGAAUCUGUGGUAGAAAGGGAAGAGAUGGAUCUGAGAGAACUUGAAGAGUCCGAGGAAGGGGACAGCAACCCUGAGGAGGUGGACCUUGAAGAAGGCAUAACGUGGGAGUAUAAGAACAACGUGGACGAAAUGCAUGGGGAUAACAAGGUCAUCAAAUGCCAUCAGGAUCGAUUUGAAAAGAUGUAA